AUGGCUAAUACUGAAAAGGAUGAGGAGGCGCUCUGCAAGGUGGCACGUCGUCUUCGGUAUUGCAUUCAUGAGAAGCUUGCAGAUGAUGAACAAGGCGACUGCCCAACCGCAAUACAACUCGAUUAUUUUAAGCAAGCACUUAACCAGGAGGGAAUGAGUGAGGCCGGACUAGCUCUAUACAAUGAUGAGGAGCCCUCUCACUACGUUAUAUGUGCUGUAGAUGAGGGAUCGAGCUGA